GUAGUGCGCUCAGUAAGAUUCUUGAUUGGUGUGUGUGACAACAUUGGCGUAAUUCAGAAUGGCAAGGGAGGUUCUGCGGGUUUUGGUUUUGUUGGCCCCACUGUUUGGUGUGUUUAGUGAGAAUAAGCACAAUGGAUUUUACGAUUACAAUGUAAAAACUUUUGACGGGGAAACAGUUUCCUUGAAGAAAUACAUCGGAAAGGUUUCACUCGUUGUUAAUGUUGCCAGCGAGUGCGGGUACACAGACGAACAUUACAAGGAACUAACUGCACUGCAGAAUGAGCUUGUGCAAAAGGAACAGCCGUUCACAGUCCUUGCUUUCCCGUGUAAUCAGUUCGGAGAACAAGAACCACACGACAACCAUUAUAUACAGGAGUUUGCAAGCAGCGAAUACAAAGCUAGCUUUCCUAUUUUCGCCAAGAUAGACGUGAGAGACAGAGACGCGCAUCCUGCAUACGAAUUCUUGAGAAGAAGCACGGGGCAAGAACCUCAGUGGAACUUCUGGAAAUAUUUGCUGGACGGAUCGGGCAACGUGAUAAAUGAGUGGGGGCCAUCCAUAAGUGUUAGCCAAGUGAAGGACGAAAUUCUAAAAGCAAUUCAAAAAUUGAAGAACACUCACGCGGAGUUAUAAAUGCUACAAAGUCAACCAAGGAAUUAUAAUGAACGAAAGUUGUCAUUCGGCAGCGGAGACGUGUGUUUUGUGGGCGUGAUUUACGGAAGUUGUUAUUCCGCUUAUUGCAUGCAGUUUUAACGGUUAUUGUAACCAAAAGAUAUUGCCGUGUACGUGUAAAAUAUAUGCAAACGUAAGCAUACAGAGAAAUAAAGAUUGCGAUAUAUAUACAUACGUGUUUAGAGUACAUGUAGUAACCUUGGUAUAAGCGUUGUCACAGCUUACUCUUUAUAAAACGCCCUGUUUUGUACGGUGGGGUAAGAUGAGACAUUAUAGUUCUGUGUACAGUAUAUAUAGACGAAACCGUGUACCAUUUAAAUGAAUAGCGUGAUACAUAGCGAAUAUGUUUUAUACAGUUGCCCCUCUGUUUGCCCAGUUUCAACUUAAAGCGACAGGCGGAAAAUAAUAAGAUAAAAAUUUAAAAAUGCAUCAAGAAUAGCAACCAUAAAAACUAUAACUCGUUCAAACUCGAUCUUUACAGUGCUAAAUUAAAGGAUUAUUUCGCUAACAACUAUAUCAUUGCUAAAAUUGUACGAAAUUGCAUAAUAAAAACAUACACACUGCGUGCUUGUAGUGUUUCACUAAUAUUAGAUGCGUUGAAACUGCUUGACGUCUGUUGGUGUUUAUACUCGCUACGUUAAGUAUAUUCUGAGCAUUCUAGCUUGUUGCGAACAAAGAAUUCGUCUACGAUGGACAGGAUUACUUUAUAUCCGGUGUUUUUCAUUUCUUUUUGACAUAAGUUUGCUGAACGUUGUUGUGCUUCU